AUGGAAAAAGGCGCGAUUUUGCCCAGCGCGCUGGGCCGACGAGAUGCGAAGGAUAACCCGACCAGGCCCGACCCGCAGCCCAAAACCCAAACCAAGCCCCAAAAGCCGCCAUGGCCCGCCUCUGCGGUCUCCUCCCCCUCACCCCGCCCCCCAAACCCUGAACCUCCCUCCCCCCCCCUCCUUCACCUCCGCCCUCUCCCUCCGCCUCCCUCCGCCCUCGCCGUCUCCUUCCUCCUCCUCCGUCGCCGCCCCCAGCCCGGCCUGAGCAGCAACGCCGCCAACGUACUCUACUUCAAGUCGGGUUACAACGUGCAGGUCAUCGUCGACGAGGACGAGCCCGAGGAGGUCCUCCUUCGGAGGUUCCGGCGAGAGGUCGCCAAGGCUGGAGUCAUCCAGGAGUGCCGCCGCCGCCGGUUCUUCGAGAACACUCAGGAGGAGAAGAAGCGGAAGAAGAAGGAAGCAGCUCGCCGAAAUCGGAGGAGGCGGUAUGUGCCGAGAUUCAAUACUUCAUCUGCUCAAGCUGAUGCUGAUGCUGCUAAAAAGUCCAAGGAGGAGGAUGACGAUAACUGGGAUCUUCCGGAGGGUGAUCUUCCUUUCUAAAGUUUUAUGAGGACUGAUGACCAAUUUUUUUCAGAAGCUGAGUUUUUUUAUAGAAAAUUGCACUGUCCUUGUACGUUGUGUGAUUUCUGUCGCAGAGUUUGCAUUAACUUGUUGAUGUCAUGUUUUUGGGUUCAUAAAAAAUUUCUUAUGAGGUUCAACGAGCAGAGGCAUUGUACUGUAUCGUUCAUUUUGUAUGAUUAUACACUAUAGAUUUUUAAUGCUUAGGAAUAGAGCCUUGUGUGAUUUUGAUUA